AUGUCGGACACCGUCUCAAACCAAGUCAGCAUUGUGCCGAAGUCGAAUAUCGAAGUCCUCAACCAAGAAAUCGACGAUGACGAAGGGCUUUAUCGCAUUCGAGCCGGCAACCGGGUCCAUUAUGUGACAAUCCCGGGCCCAGGGAGUCCCAAUCCCAUUUUUGAACAAGAUACCCUCUGUAGACCAUAUCUUCUCGUCCCCGAGCUUCCUCCAUUUCCAGACACAGACUGGACGACGAUGCGAAUCACGCGGGCCCAAGAUGGCAGCCUUCAGUCGGAUAUUUCUUUCGAACCACUGGAUAAGAUUGAAUGCACCUGGCAUCCACGACAUAUCGACAUACUUUCGUUAAAACGCACCAAGUAUCACAAGCAGCGCAUUCGCGAAGUCGAAUAUGGGGGCAAGACUGCAAUAUCCAAAAUUGCCAUUCUCGAGUGGCUCAUUCCACAGAUUGAGCACGAGACCAGGAUAUACGAAGCUUUGACCAGGUUACAAAGCCCUGAUGAGGACAGGAUGACUCCUGAGGUCCUAGGCCAUCUCUUUGAGGGCGGUAGAAACAUUGGUUUCCUUUUGGAAAAGAUAGAGGGCGAAUAUGCGACCCUAGCUGAUCUGCCGAAAUGCGAGGCGGCAUUGCGCAGGUUGCACAAGCUGGGGUUUGUCCAUGGAGACGCCAAUCGCUACAACUUUAUUGUCGAACAAUCCACCGGAAACGUCAAAAUGAUUGAUUUUGAACAUGCUGAGCAAUACGAUGAGAAGAAAGCCAAGGCUGAGGUUGAGGAACUGGCAGCUGAGUUGACAGAUGACUCAGGGCGCGGAGCACCAGUCACUUUCGUGUAUCGUUAA